AUGCAGCAGGGGGUACAAGAAGGAGACAGACUAUGGCUGCAGUUUAAAUAUUUCACUUUCCAUGACUUGGACUCAAAGAUGGAUGCUGUCCGGAUAAACCUGCUUUUUGAGCAAGCCCGUUGGGCGGUGCUAUUGGAGGAAACAGAAUGCACUGAAGAGGAGAUGAUGGCUUUUGCUGCCCUUCAGUAUCACGUGAAUAAAUUGUCAGUAACCUCUGACCCCAUGCAUUUGCCCAAAGACCCUGCUCUGCAAGACUUGGAUGAAGCACUAUCACAUCUUGAAGUCAAACUGGAGGCAUCUACUGCCAAUGAAGCUUUGGAAAGCAUUGCACUUGAGCCAGAACUUCAAGAGUAUCUGCGAGUGUUCAGGCCACGAAAAAUGACUCUGAAAGGAUAUAAACAAAACUGGGUGAUGCUGAAAGGAACCAACGUGUCUUGUUAUAAAAGCAAAGAAGAGGCCAGAGGGGAGCCACUGAUUCUCCUGGCCCUGAAAGGAUGUGAAGUUAUUCCAGAGGUUAAUGUUGCGUCGCAAAAGUUCUGUAUUAGACUCCUGGUUCCUUCUCCAGAAGGAAUGAAUGAAGUUUAUCUACGA